GUGACAGCCUACGAGGCCGGUGGCCGUGACGGGCCCCUGCCCAGCCUCCUGCACACGGCAAACAGCUCCAAAGUGGAGUUUGUCCUGGCCGGGGUGGCUCCGCGGGGCAACAGCUCCCGAUUUACGCUGGAGGUGGCCACGGUGGAGGAGACAGGGGUGGUGCAGAAGCUGCGCUCGGAGCGCUCCAUCGACGACGAGUACUGCCCGCUGCUCUCCCUCCACCAGACGCUCUCCCUGGUAGCCCAGUCCCACAACGACAGCUCCACGCUCAGCUUCCUGCAGUGGAAGGCACCAGCCUACGGCUCCCAGACCCCCGGGCGUGAGGACAACAUCCAGUGCCGGUCUCACGGCCUGCAAGCAGCCAACUGGACCCUGCCCGUGUCCAGCAUUGUCCGUGCCUACUUCGGGGAGGGCGCAGGCAGCACCUACACCAUCAGUGCCAUCAACAUCUCCUUUGGGGGAGAGGACGGAAAGGUUUACCAGGAGAAGCGCUACCUCCGCUGGUCGGCGCUGCUGGGCUUCAGGCAGCCCCCCAGGGACACCUUCUCCCCGCUCGUCAUCUCCAUCAUGGCUGUGGCACUGGGCACCCCCAUGGUGAUGCUCCUGGUGGGCAGCUGCGUGGUCCUCUUUGCCCAGAGGAAAUGCUACUCUGAGUAUGAGCCCAUCAACUGA